AUGAUCCUUUUCACGUCAAUUAUAGAAAUAGUUUCUGGUGUAUCUAUGCUGAUAUGGUCAUUUAAUCAUGAAACAUUUAAUGUCUUCGUACUUAAUGAAGUAAAAGUUUCAACAACGUUCUUUAAUAAAAUACUUGCUGGUUAUGUUAUUGUAAAUGGCAUAAGUACACUUACCUUAAUUUAUUCAUAUUCGAUAAAACUUUUUUCAUCAAUUGCUUCGAUACAUAGUUUCUUUGAAAUUUUUAUAUUGGCACUUUUACAUCAGGGAGGAUGCGUUACUUCAAAUCAUGCUCUUGCAUCAAGUAUCAUUUACUUGUUAAUAUCUGAAGGUGCAACUCUUUUAUUGCCUAUUCCUUAUAGUUUCACUUGGUUUAAAUUUCAAGGCCUUACUAUUGAUUUUGCAUUAUUUAUACAAUUUCUGAGAAUAUAUUUAACGACAAAGAAAAUUGCUAGAAAUGGUUAUUCUAGCUUACCCCAACAUGCCUCUGAUGAAAAUGAACCUGAAGAACACAAUCAACCAAAUCAUAAGUGUCAUUUUUAUGUGGUUUUAUUAACUUUUGACAAAGGGUGCAUAUUAAUUAUGGUAUCGAGUUUAAAAGCAAUUUAA